AUGGAUGAAAUGAUUGUUCCCGGGCAAGAUGAUGACGGAAGCCCUGAAAUUGCGCCUCCUCGACUAUCCGUCCUGCCUGACGAGGAUGAUUUUACGCAGCGAUCAAUUGAAAUGCCACGAAGGGAACGAGCCGCUCGAGAUCUCGCAACGCUUUCGAGAUAUAGUUUGAUGAGUACGAGAUUCAGCGAAAACUUCGGAGACGCAACUCGGUUGGAGGAUACGGAAGAGGGUUUAGAUUUCACUGCUGAGCAACAAACUGAUAACUUUGUUGAUGACCAACUUGACGUAACUAUAGAGGAGCCGACUUUCGACACGGGGGGUGAGACUGAGGAUUUGCGGCGGUUCGACCUCAAUUUUUCAUUUCCAACACCAGAUGCUCCUCAGCACAUCGAGAAUGAAAACGAGGACUUCUUUUUGGAUGCCACAAUGCCUAUUGCUGAUGAUGCUUCUCUUUCGUCUGGCGAUGACUUUGGAGCAGAAGGUUUGGAGCUGGCAGCGCCAGAGAUGUCGAGGAUGGCUUCAAGUCCCGUCCCCGAAUCGUCACCAGAGGCCGAAGCGCCUCAAACAUUCCAACAGGAUCAAGAUAAACAGAAACUUUCACGGCAUGGAACUCCUAUCCCGAGUCUGCCCCGCGGAAUUGUCAAGAAAUUAGCCACUCGGUUCGCUCGAACAGGAAGCGGAGGCAAAACAAGACUAUCGAAAGAGACCCUUUCUGCAAUCGAACAGGCCACGGAUUGGUUCUUUGAGCAGGCGAGCGAGGAUUUGACUGCCUUUUCCAAACAUUCCAACCGCAAGACAGUAGACGAAACCGACGUCAUAGCUCUCAUGAGAAGGUAA